AUGGGUCUCCAGAAUGUCAAGCACAUCGUGCUAGUUCUCUCCGGCAAGGGCGGCGUCGGCAAAUCGUCCGUUACCACCCAACUCGCCCUCUCCCUCUCCCUCGCCGGCCACUCGGUGGGCAUCCUCGACGUCGACCUGACCGGCCCCUCGAUCCCACGAAUGCUCUCCAUCGAAGCCUCCAAAGUGACGCAGGUGCCCGGCGGCUGGGCCCCCGUCCUCGUGCACGAGGCGGACGAGGAAAGGGGCAUCGGAAGCCUCCACGCUAUGAGCCUGGGCUUCCUGCUCCCGAAGCGGGGUGACGCCGUGGUCUGGCGCGGGCCCAAGAAGACGGCCAUGAUCCGACAGUUCCUGAGCGACGCCCUCUGGGCUCCGACGGACUACCUCCUCAUCGACACCCCGCCGGGCACCAGCGACGAGCACAUAUCCCUGGCCGAGACGCUGCAGCGGGAUGCGCUCCCCGGUCAGGUGGCCGGCGCCGUGGUGGUGACGACGCCGCAGGCGGUCGCGACGGCGGACGUGCGCAAGGAGCUCAACUUUUGCACCAAGACGGGGCUGCGCGUGCUCGGCGUCGUGGAGAACAUGAGCGGGUUCGUCUGCCCGCACUGCUCGGAGUGCACCGACAUCUUCCAGUCCGGCGGCGGCAAGAAGAUGGCCGACGAGUUCCGGGUGCCGUUCCUUGGGUCGGUGCCGAUUGAUGCGCAGUUUGUCGCGCUAAUUGAGGAAGGGAUCCGGCCGACGUACCCGGAGGGAACGGUCGUGAACGGCCGGGAUAUCUCCAACGGCGGGCAAGCGGGCAGCAAAGACGGCACGCUGGCUGAAAAGUACAAGGAUUGCCUUCUGUUCCAUCUUUUCCAGGGCAUCACUGAACAGGUGGUGCAGGCCGUUCAGGCAGGGGACGGGAGGUGA